UACUCUAUUCGAAAACAUAACACAUCAUGUCUGGACGCGGCAAAGGAGGCAAAGUUAAGGGAAAGGCAAAGUCCCGCUCAAAUCGCGCCGGUCUUCAAUUUCCCGUUGGUCGAAUCCACCGUCUGCUGAGAAAGGGAAAUUACGCCGAACGUGUCGGUGCUGGAGCACCUGUCUAUUUGGCAGCUGUGAUGGAAUAUCUCGCUGCAGAAGUGUUGGAGCUGGCAGGAAAUGCUGCUCGUGACAACAAGAAGACCAGAAUCAUCCCGCGUCAUCUGCAGCUGGCCAUUCGCAACGAUGAGGAGUUGAACAAACUACUCUCAGGAGUCACUAUUGCUCAGGGCGGCGUUCUGCCAAACAUCCAAGCCGUACUAUUGCCCAAGAAGACCGAAAAGAAGGCCUAAAUCGAAAGCUGAACCAACCCUUGUACAAAACGUCCUUUUCAGGACGACCACACAUUUGUGAUAAAGAAAAAAAUUGAAAUUGUUUCUAAUGGUGCAAUGGGCCAACACAAUUUAUUAUACAAUUAUGCGAUACGACUGGCAUGACGCUCAGCAGCACGUUGUAGAGGAUCUGAUUUUUUCAAGUGCUUUCCAAU